UGUAGCUCGUUAGGCUGCCUGGCAGGAGCCGUCGUCCUGUGUGCUGGUUGAUCAGGAAUGUGUAGACUUUGGACAGGGGAACACUUAGAUGAAGCGUCAAAACUAACUCACGUGCUUAUUAUCAGUCAGAGAAUGUAGCACACAGUCGAUGAAGCCCGGUCUGCAACCAUCUUAGUAAUUCAGUGUAACAUUAAACUGAAUGCAAACAUUAGUUUAGCCAGUAACGUUAAACAGUUUAGCCAGCUCAGCACCGUUAGCUAAGUAGCUAACUUGGCUAAUUCAUUGCGCAUCAAUUGGCUAGCGAUGCUAGCCAGUGAUAGAUAAUUGUCUAAGUUCUCUUUUAGUUCCAGCAAACUAGCAAGUGCGCUAGUUUAGCGAAACAUUAUGGUAUGGGUCAAAGGGAUAUUGCGUCUUACGAGACUUCGAUGAAGAGGAAAAACCGAAUUCGAGCAGCCUCUAUGUGUCGACUAGAUGUGGACUCCGCUGCGAAGGAAGUUGAGCAACCGAGAGAUGCCCUUUCCUCGUCAAGGUAUCUGCUGGGCCGCGGCGUGAAGCGCAAGCUGAGCGAGUGCGAUGGCGCGGGCGACGCGGCGUCUCUGGGCCUGGCCUACCCUCAGCAGCGGCAGCUGGUGCUGGACCUGUGCCUGGACAAGCUGCAGAGCUGCCAGCGGCGCGCCGAGCCCAGCCUGCACCGCUCGGUGCUCCUGGCCAACACGCUGCGCCACCUGCAGCAGGAGAUGAGGCAGGAGGGCUCGACCGCCACGGCCGCCUGCCCGCCGCCGCCGCCGGCCCCGUCGCUGCACGCGCUCACCCCGCGUCACGUCCCCGACCUGCCGCCCGUGCCCUCGGACCUCCAGCCCGCCUGCGGCCCCCCGGAGUCGCCCGCGUCCGGGCCAGACGCCGGCGCGCAGCCGGACGACGGCUCCGGCGUCCACCCGGCAGCGGCGGCGGCGCCGCCUCUCCAGGACACGCUGUUCGGCGCGUUCGAGAUCACGAGCUCCGCCAGCUGCUACCUGUCCGACCUGCCGCUGGACGACAUCUUCGACGACAUCGACACGUCCAUGUACGACGCCUCGGACUUCUCCGCCCUGGCGCUCACCCCGGCGCAGAGAGGGAGCGCGUCUGGUGGCGGCGGUAGUGGCGACGACGGACUCAAGGGGUUCCCCUCCGGCUGCAACCCCUCCUCAGCCCUUCAGUUCUGCCUCACGGACCUCAACGACCUGGACCACAUCAUGGAGAUCCUGGUGCACUCCUGAGCAGCCAACCACCUCCUCCACCCAACACCACCUCUGCUCUCGCUCUAUACAGAGACUUCAAUCAUGAACCUCUUUCUGGUAUGCUUUGUUUUUGUUUUUGUUUUGUUUUUGUUUU